UCUGCGGCUAUUGGCUGGGGCCGUGCAGCUCGCGUUCCUAUUGGCUGCUGGAAGUUCCGGGGCGGCAGCGCUGUUCCGGGGCUCCGGGAUCAGCUCCCAGCGUGGAGCUUUGCUGCGCGCCCGGGACCGGACGGGCACAGGGACAAAGCGCAAACUCCAUCUUCAGCCCUGGGACAAGCCUCCCCAGCAGAGGAGAUGGCUGCUGAGCUGGGGGCAGCCCCAGGCCUCGCCUUCCCCUUCGAGGCGCUCCUGCAGCCCCUGGUUAAGAAGGAGGAGCAGGACCCAGCAGGCCCCAAGCCCCGAGACAAGGCCCGAGGCUGUGUCCCAGCCCGGCCUGGCAAGGAGCCUCUGAGAGUGGUGGUGAAGCAGGAGCCGCAGGAAGAGGCGGUGCAGCGCUGGGAGGUCCUGCAGUCUCCGCUGUUCCCCGCCGAGGCCCUGCCAGCCCCCGUGACCCCACGACAGCUGGAGCUGGCUCCCCAGGACGACCCCCCAGCCCUGGAGAUGCGGCGCCAGCGCUUCCGGGGCUUCUGCUACCAGGAGGCCGCGGGGCCGCGGGAGGUGUGCAGCCGCCUGCGGGAGCUCUGCCGGAGCUGGCUGGAGCCCCAGCGCCGCAGCAAGGAGCAGAUGCUGGAGCUGGUGGUGCUGGAGCAGUUCCUGGCCAUCCUGCCCCAGGAGAUGCAGAGCUGGGAGUGGGGGCGCGGCGUGGAGACCUGCGCCCAGGCCGUGGCCCUGGCCGAGGGGUUCCAGCUGGGGCAGGCGGAGGAUGCAAAACUGCAGGUCACAGUGCGUGUGAAGGUUGAGGACGUGGCCUCGGACAAGAUGGAGCCCACUGGGGCAUUGUGGGAACCUCUGGACUCGUCGCUAGAGCGACCCCAGCUCCACCCCGUGGAGCUGGCCGGAUGGGCUGAGAGCCCAGGGCCCCAGAACGAGCUGCCCCACGGCUCCAGGAAGGAGCUGCCACAACUCCUGGGGUCAGGUGCGGGGAUCCUAGGCAAAGCAGAGGAGCAGCUUCCCAAGGAAGGACCUACCAACCUGGAGGGGCUGAGGACUUCCCCAGGGAGACCCCUGAGACCCGAGCAGGGCCGACUGUGCAAGAGGAAGGGCCGGCCCCAGAAGCACAAGCAGCAUGUGGAGAUGCUGGCUCCGCUUGGGUUGGAGAGCGGAUCUGGGGUAGAUCUCCCAGAUGGCUGGGGGUGCGGUGAGACCACGGAGGACCUGGGAGACCUGACAAGCAUCCAAAGUUGGUUUCCCCAGUACGAGGGGCAGCCUCCGAUCCAAGUUGGCAUGGAUGGCCUCCAGGGAAAGCAGGAGCUCAGUGCCAAGCGCCGGGAGAGAGCUCACCCCUGCCCGCAGUGCGGGAAGAGCUUCCUGAGCCGUGCAGACAUGGCCCGCCACCAGCACAUCCACUCAGGAGAGAAGCCCCACGGCUGCCCCGACUGCGGGAAGGGCUUCUCCAGCCGCUCGGACAUGGCCCGGCACCGCCGUAUCCACUCCGGGGAGAAGCCGCACAGCUGCCCGGAGUGUGGGAAGAGCUUCCUGUGGCGCUGGAAGCUCAUCCGCCACCAGCACGUGCACUCAGGGGAGAAGCUGCACCACUGUGAAUGUGGGAAGAGCUUCUCCCGCCUCGACCACCUGGCCGCCCACCGCCGCAUCCACUCAGGUGAGAGGCCGCACCGGUGCAGUGACUGUGGCAAGAGCUUUGCCCAGUCGUCCGGCCUGGCUGUCCACCGCAAGUUCCACUUGGGGGAGAAACCUCAUGGCUGCCCUGACUGCGGGAAGAGCUUCGUGAACCGCUCGGACCUGGCCCAUCACCGGCGCGUCCACUCCAGCGAGCGCCCCUGCAGCUGCCCCGACUGUGGGAAGAGCUUCCCCGACCGCUCCAGCCUGGCCCGCCACCGGCAUGUCCACGCACAGGAGGGGCCAUGACUGCCCAAUGGGGGGAGGACUUUGUGUGCACCUCUGUCCUCAGUACACCUUGAAUAUUGUGCCCAGUUCUGGUCCCUCACACCUCCAAGGGGAGCUAAGGACUUCCUGGACCUUCAGUGCUGGAGGCUGCAAGGGAGAGAGGAACGGGGAGAAGCCCAGCUCGCUCUCCCUUUCAUCCUCCGCUCUCUGCUGCCAUGUGACACAGGAGCCUGGGCAAAACAGACCUAGCAUCUGGUUCAAGGACGGAAAUUCUUAUGUUAAAAGGACAGAGAUUAGGUAGAGUAGGUCCAAAGAAGGGCAACAAGGAUGAGGUGGCCUGUGGAGGGGCUGCCUAGGAGGCAAGACUAAUGAAGCUAGGUUGGUUCAGGUUAGAUAAGAAUCAUUUGAGCAGGGGACAGAUUUACAACACGCUAAAUGCCGAAGAGAAAUGUGGUAGUGACUUAUUAUUGAUGAUCUCUCACCAGACAAGAAUGAGGGGUCACAGCAUGAAGCUAGGAGGUCGUCAGUUGAUAACGAACACCAGGCAGGUCUUUUUCACCCACCGUAGCGUGAAAGGCUGGGAUUUGUGGUCACCAGAUGUGGUAGAAGCUGAGAGCUUAGCCAGAUUCACCAAGGGAUUGGACCCGUUCUUGGAGGAAAGGGGCAUUGGUUGUUGUUGGGCCCGCGAGAGGGACAUGGCCUCUGAGUCAGACCUUGGGCAGGGUGGGUCAGCACAGGCGCUGGGGGUGGCUUUGGGGGGCCUCCCUCACCCCAGAUUGAUCCUGGAGACCCCCCUCCCCACCAUGCUCAUACAGGGCCGUGUUCCUGACACAACUGGUGUGCCUGGUGCAACAGAGGAAGUGCCAAACUGGCUCAGACCAAUGUCCAUACAGCCCAGUAUCCUGAUGGCAGCAGGACUGUGUGCUUUUAGAGGGAGUGCACUGAACUGGAUGGAUCUAGAGCAGCAGUCCUCAACCUUUUGGCCCCGUGGGCCAGACAAUUCAUGGAGCCAGUCUGUGGGCCGGGCUGGGAUCAGGCCCCAGGACCCCAUGCCACCUCUGCGAGGCCCUGCACUUCAAGAUCUAGGCCUUGUGAACGCACAGGGUGACAGUCUCAGACAGGGGCUGGAGGUGGCCCAUGGGCUGUGGGUUGAGCACCCUGAUCUAGUUACUCUCCCUAACAUCCCUAAGGGAUGACAAGGUCAAAUGGUCUCAGACUCCUCCGUGACCGUUUCAGGCUGGACAUAAGGAAGAACUUUUUUACUGUCUGAGCCCCCAAGGUCUGGAAUAGACUGCCACCAGAGGUGGUUCAAGCACCUAGUCUGAAUGCCUUCAAGAGAAAUUUGGAUGUCUAUCUUGCUAGGAUCCUAUGACCUCUGCUGCCUUCCUGCCCCUGGGGCGGGGGGCUGGACUCGAAGAUCUUCCAGCCCUAAUGUCUAUGAAAUCUAUGAAUCCACCCUCGUUGGGUUAGAUAUGCCAGAGGAAACAUCUCCAACUGUUCUGCUUAACAGGUGUUAGCAGAUCUCCAGGCCACAAGUUGGUCUAGGCCCUUUUUUUAACCUGGCUGUACCGCCAGCCUCUACAACCUCCUGUAGUUAUGAAUGACUUCCACAAUGUAACUACACGAUGCAUGAAAAGGUACUUUCUCUUGUUUGUUGUAAAACUGUCUCCUAAUUUCUGUGGGUGCCCCCUAGGAUUAGUAGUCUGGGACUUUGAAUAGUAGUUCUCUGUUCACUUUGGCCAUAGUCUUCAUGAUCUGUAGACCUCUAUCAUAGCCCCCUCAAACCCGCCUUCAGCCUUCUCAUUAAGUCUAGCCUUUUAGUCUCUUCUGGUUUGACCACUGCUCCCCUGAUCAUCUUGGUUGCUCUUCUCUCUGCUUUGCCUAAUUCUGCUAUGUCCCACCUGAGAGGUGGAGGCCAGGGCUGCACGCAAUAUUCAAAACAGAUACGUAUAGUGUACAGACUGUCAUGUAUCUCAUCCCAAUCCCAUUCUGUUUCAUGGCACAAGCUGAUGGGUUUGUCCCUCUCACUGCUCACAGGGUCCCGAGGCGUUUGGGGUGCAACAAAAGUUGCAUCGACGGUCAGGGAAGCAUUCAUAGAAUCAUAGAGGAAUAGGGCUGGAAGGGCCACUAAAGGUCAUCCAUACUGGGAUGACCAAUAUGAAUGAGCUAAUAGCAUACUGGGAUGCAUUAGCCAAUGCGUCGUGAGCAGGGCUAAGGAAUUGAUACUUCCUUUCUACUCGGCGCUGGUGAAACCCCAGCUUAGAGUCCUGUGUCCAGUUCUGGGCACCGCACUGCAAAAAAAGAUGUGGAUAAUCUCAGACGGGCCCAGAGAAGGACCACAGGAUUAAGGGCCUGGAGGACAAACCUUAUGAGGAAAGACUAAGGGAUCUGGGACUGUUCAGCUGGGGGAAGAGAAGACUGAGGAGGGACUUGGCCAUCUUUAUGUAAGGGGUGAAUAUCAGGAGCUGAGAGAGAAACUAGGGCACCCCAGGGGAGGACAAGGAGCAACAGCCAUAAACUGGUAGAAGGUGGUUUCAGGUUGGAUGUAAGGAAGAACUGCUUUACAGUAAGGAUGACCAAAAUCUGGAAUAGAUUUCCCAAGCAGGUGGUGCAGUCCCCAACUUUGGAAGUCUUCACAAAGAGGCUGGACAGAUGCCUUGCUGGGAUCAUUUGAUCUCAGUUUUCCCACCCAGAGCAGGGCGGGGGGGUGUGGACUCAAUGCUCUUUCAAGGUCCCUUCCAGCCCUUAAAUUCUGUGAUUUUUUUAUGAUCCAGUCCAACCCCCACAGGAUCAGCUGUAUUCAGAGCAUCCUAUAAAAAUCCAUCGUCUAAACUCACAGCAGAAUGACACGGUGAGUCCUAAUAGAAUACAAGACCUAGCACCCUCACUGGGCGCAGGUAAAGCAGGGGGACAAUGGUGGCCAAUGUCCUGCUGCUGUGAACGUUUCUAUAUGCUCGAGAUUGAAGGAAGAGGGCCAUGUCCGAUCCCUUCUGCUAGAGGAAGGCACCCCCCCCCCCCCCCCGAGUCCAUACCACUUUGAGCAUGGGGCAAAAUUCCUUCCUGACUCUGAAUACAGUGAUUGGUGCUAACUUAAGCAGAGGGGCAAGACCUAGCCAGGAACCUGCAGGUUUGAGUCUCAGCAGGAGCAUUGGCCUGGCCCAGUUGCAACCCCCGGUCUCUUUGCAGCCUCUGAUGAAGGCUUGACUGAUCCCUGACAUGCAGCUGAAAGCGGAGGGGUGGGGGAGUGCAAUUUCCUCCCAGCCCCAUGCAGCAAUGAGCAAAACAGAAGCCUGGGAAAUCCCAGUAGCAGAACAUAGGCAUCACUAUGCCUGUUCCUGGACUGUCCUGCCUUUCCCCAAAAAUAGGUGCUCAAGGAGGGACAGCCUGUGGCAGGCCCUGCAUCUCCCAUGCAUAGAGGCAGAGACUGUAAGAUCAACCUUUAGGGAGGAAUUCAGCAUGUUGGACUCCCUGGUACACACAUUAAAGUCUCUGCUAGUCUCAAAGCCA